AUGGGCGCACUCAAAUUCUUGUCAGCCCUCCAACGGAAAGUCGAACUGAAGGAGAUAAUAGAGAAAGGGCUCAUGUUCGUAGAUGCCACAAUAAACUCUCGACCGAGCAAGAGCACUCUGAUAGACUCUGGAGCAACCCACAACUUCAUUGCCGAUCAAGAAGCCAGAAGAUUGGGACUCACCAUAGGAAAAGACCCGGGGAAAAUGAAAGCUGUCAACUCCGAGGCCUUGCCUAUUGUGGGAGUUUCCAAAGGAGUCCCCUUCAAAAUAGGGGAUUGGACUGGAGAGUUAGACCUUGUCGUGGUUCGCAUGGACGACUUCGACGUGGUACUUGGGAUGGAGUUUCUCCUAGAACACAAGGUCAUCCCAAUGCCAUUGGCAAAAUGCUUGCUGAAAAGGGGACUCGCACGAGAGGAACCUACAUUCAUGGCCAUACCACUGAUAGAAGAAGCAACCACCGAAGAGACUGUCCCAGAGGAAAUCAAGGAAGUAUUAGACAGCUAUACCGACAUAAUGCUAGAGAGUCUACCCCAAACACUACCACCUCGUCGAGGCAUUGACCAUGAAAUCGAACUCCUCCCCGGGGUUAAGCCGCCAGCAAAGAACGCAUACUGGAUGGCUCCGCCCGAGCUAGCCGAAUUGAGGAAACAACUAGACGAGUUGCUGAAGGCGAGAUUCAUUCGCCCGGCAAAGGCACCUUAUGGAGCCCCGUACUGUUCCAGAUGA